AUGUCUUCCCCGAAAGAACAGGAAGUCUCCAUUGAAGGCCAAAGCGCUUUGACCGCGUGCCGGGAUGGACGGGACAACGAUGUACUCUUCGACCCGAUGGUGGUCCAUCCCGGUCCAUCUCUACGCUUGGAAGGAUGGCGUCCGUUCACAGUGGCUGCUUGUCCACCUAGCGGGAGAAUGGAGUGCCUUGUGCACGCUGUCAACCGAGCAGUAGGGACAGCAGUGGACAGGCUGCCAGAGGCCAGGUACAACCUGGCAAUGCUGAAAUUCUUGUGUCAGGAAAUGGACAAAGUGAAGGACCUUUUGCCACAGUUGUCAAAACGGCCUGCAAAGGAAGACGAUUGCGACUUGUUAGCAGUUCUGAAGCAGGACGUGGAGAAGGGUGUUGCCCUAGUGAAGUGCCAUGCAAGGGCGUUCAAUCUCCGCACGUACUACAAAGUCGACAAGGUGUGCCGACAGGUAGAUCGAUUGUGUGAAGGGUUCAAUGAGUGCUUCCUAGACUUGGGCAUACCAGAAGAAUCUCUGCACUUCAAGACCAAGAUGGAUGAAACGGUUCACGAGGAGGACAGGCGGUACUUGUAUUGGUACUUGACCUGCAUUAUUGACAAGAAAGAUAUUGACAGGAAGGUCCCUGAUGAUGUUCGCCGGGAACUGGAAGCGUUGAUUGCUGAAGAGAGGGUUCGCAGAGAGUUCGUGAGCAUCAUUCCUGAUCCAGAAAUAGUGCAGGGAGCGGAAAUUGGAGAAGGCGGCUAUGGAAAAGUUUUUGCAGCGCGUUGGAAGGGUCAGGAUGUGGCCAUAAAGAAACUGAGAAAUGAUCUAAGUGUGGAGGCACGUGCAGAAUUUUUCAGUGAGGUCGAGUUGCACAUCAGAUUGAACCACCCAAAUGUGGUUCGCUGCUUUGGUGCGACCACCAACAAUGCCAUUAUCAUGGAAUUGGCAUCAUCGGACCUGGAAAAGUAUUGCCAAGCACAUUCACUACUGUUGACAUUGUUAGAACAAGUCCAGCUUAUGGCAAGCUCAGCUUCAGGAUUGAAACAUCUGCAUGAUUCAAACAUUGUGCACAGGGAUGUCAAGACAUCGAAUUUUUUGGUGUUCCCUACUUCAGGUGAUGAUCCACCAAUCGUCAAAAUCGCAGAUUUCGGUUUGGCAACUGCCAAAACCGAAACACGAUCAAAAACUGCCUGCCCGUUGCCAGGGACGUUCGCGUUCAUGGCUCCGGAGGUGAGUGAAGGGAGGCCCCACAGUUACUGCUCAGAUGUGUUUGGCUUUGGCUUGACACUAUUUGAGCUUAUUGCCUUGAGUCCACCAUACAGGGGCCUCAGAAGCGAAGUUGUGAUACAGAACAGGAAAAAGAAAGGAGCAGAUCCAGGUGUUUUCCCAGAGGAGUGUCCUCGAGAGCUGAUAGAUCUUGUGAGGCGCUGCAUUGAUCCAGAAGGCAAGAGAAGACCCAGCAUGUCUGCAGUGGUUGCUGAACUGGAUGAGCUCCUCACCAAGGUUUGA